UGCCAGUGGAGAAUGACGUUGGUUAGCGAUGUCAGUGUUCAGAAUUCGAUGACGCGUGCUUUUUUCCCUUCUGGAUUGAGUUAAAUAAGAAUAAGCCGCGAUGUCAACGACUAAAGAUCAUCCCGACGUGUCCCUGUGCGACCGCCUGAUCGACUUUUUUGACCUGCUGCACAUCUACUUCAUACCGAGCAUCGUGCUCGUUGGUGUGUUUUGCAACAUGCUCAACCUGGUUGUCUUCAAGAGCACGUACCUGAGGAGGCGCAGCUCCAGUUACUACCUGGCAGCGCUGUCCCUGUCGGACGCCUGCUUCCUCGUCACCCUCGGCCUCAUCUGGGUCGGUGACACCUUCGAGGUCGACACCUUCAACAAAAACGGCUGGUGCCAGAGUGUAGUUUACCUGAGCACCACGUCCAGCUUCCUCAGCGUCUGGCUGACCGUCGGCUUCACCGCCGAGCGAUUCGUUGCCGUCCGCUAUCCGCUGCUGAAAUCGCACAUUUGCACCGUGGCCAAGGCGAAGAUGGUUGUUCUCGGCUUGGUUCUCGUCUCUUUGCUGCUCAACUCGUACGGAAUAUUCACGGCCGGAGUGGUGCGCCGCAGCAACGGACUGGAGUCGUGCGACGUGAAGCCACACUUUCGGGACGUCUUGAAGGUGAUCACGGUGGCCGACAGCGUGAUGACUCUGAUCAUCCCGUCUGUGCUCAUUGGUGUGAUGAACACGGUCAUUCUGCACUGUCUCAUUAAAUUCCGCAACCAGUUCAAACUUGGCGUUGUUGAGAAUGACGAAUCAUCGCCCUCAAAUAGUAUUCCCAUGGCAAAUCUGCAAGGGACUUCUCGUCCUCAAAAUUUGACCUCUAACACCGCAGAUAAUUUGCGUCACACGUCAACCAAUCUUUCUGGACCGCCAAAAGACUGUCAGAAUCUGGUUCGUCCCUCGCCUCACAGCAUUUUGGUAACGAAAACGCAGAGAAGUGUGACAAAAAUGUUGCUACUCACCUCAACCAUCUUUCUCGUUUUCAAUAUGCCAAGCUAUGUCAUUAGGCUGUACAUUUUCCUGUUUUAUUCCAUCUGGGAGGCGGCGGCGCCAUCAAAUCUCUGGUGCGUACAGCAAUUUUGCAUGCUGCUCUUUUACACUAACUUCAGCAUUAACUUUUUGCUCUAUUCAUUUUACGGCGCUACAUUUCGGCGUUGUUUAAUUCAGCUCUUGCGACGGAAAUUGCGAUGUCGAUGUAAUCGCAAGUGCGUAAAAAACCGAGCUUUUUAGGUAAUAACUAAUAUGGCACUCGAAAAAGUGCUCGAAGCGUAAGCAAAUUUGUUUGAAAUUACCCUCCUGCAAAAUUCGGUAGAGUUUUUAAUUUUUAUCAAAGGACCAUAAAAUAAGUUUUUAGCACAUUAGAAACUUCUCAACAUGUAUUUUUAUUUCCAUAAAACGUUGGUUUAGAUGAAAAUUCUUGAUUUCAAGGAUUUACUUGCAUCAUGGAGAAUAUUGUGCCCUUCAUUUUUUUUCUUCCAGAGAGGAUCUCCUCUCCCAGCCUCUUCUUCUCUAGACAAACCACCCCGAAAAAGCAAUCAUACAAUAAAUAGAACGUAAUACUAUAAUGGAAUGAGUUUUUGUUAUUAUAUGAUUGUUCGUUUUGUCUUAUGAAGUAGAGAGCUUUGGUAGCACACCGGAACUAUUGUCACAAGCACAAAAUAAAGGACGGGCGUACAUUGCCUUCAGGAAAAAGUCCGCAGAUAUCAAUUUUCCGACUGCGGUGAAAGACACUUCACCACUAGCUUUCUUUUCCAUUGGAGGAACUCUACUUCUCCUAUGUUGUAACUUUUCCACAUCUUUAUAUCUAUAAUGUACUAAUACAGGGAGCCAAAUGGAGUAAAUAAUUUAAUCAGCAAACUUGACGUUCUUCAUUCAGUGUAUCAAAUAAAUUUUGUAAUUAUCAACGCCAAAACGCAGGAUUGAUAAUAAAAAUCCGUUUGUUACGUUGAAACGCUUUUUCACCAACCCAAUGCGGAGAAUAAUGAAUAUAGAGGUCUCGGCAGCGUAAUUUUUGGCGGCGGCUCGCUGAACUGGCUGCAUCUGAAUUUUGGGCCGGCAACAGAACAUAAUAGCCGGCGGCUGGCGUGGCCCUUCAAAAAAAGAAGUUUGACAAGUGCUUGACCGUCCAAAGGUCGAUUUUUUCUCCGGCAUUUUUUUAUUUUUUUUGACAGGCGGCUGGUGCAGCUUAGCCACAUUCACGGCAUUUGGAUGCUGACCACAUGACAUUAGCCGGCUGGCUGAUUGUGAGACCUCUCAGAGUGAUUUCUGAUAACCCUGUUAUUGAAUAAGGAAAACAUUCCUGAAAGCGCUCUUGUAUAAGAAAGAUGUCUAACUGUUAUGCUAUCUCUUUGUAACCAAAAAUCGUAAUGAACGGAUCUCACAAAAAGUGUA